AUGGAAUUGGAAGAAAGGGAGAAUGACACCGUGGUAACUCAAGUCAGCUUUGGUGGAUUUGGAAGUCAUGUUACAGCAAAAGAACUUGUAAGCUACUUGGAAGAUGAAAUUGGGCUUGUAUUUAGGUGUCGUCUGAAAACUUCUUGGACCCCUCCAGAGUCUGUUCCAAAUUUUGAGAUCAGUGAUGCUGCAGAUAUUGAAACUACAGAUGAUUAUAGAAAGGUUGAGCCACAUGCAUUUGUGCAUUUUGCUUCGCCUGAGUCAGUGACUGCUGUUAUGGAUGCUGUUGGGCGUUGUCAACUCUUUUUCAACAACCAAGCACUGAAAGCAAGUUUGGGCCCUGAGAAUUUAUUCAACAUGAACAAGAGGAGGAGGACUAAAAUUCCAUUCAAGUUAGCUGAUGUGCGUCUUGAGAUUGGAAGUUUAGUUCGCCUAGAUGAGUUCUUUGUUGCUUGGAAGGGACCAGAUCAUGGGGUUGAUUUUGUUGUGGAUCCUUUUGAUGGGACAUGCAAGUUUUGUUUCAGAAGAGAUACUGCCUUUUCAUUUAAAGGGUUGAAUAAGCAUGCUGUGAUAACAUGUGAUUUUAAGGCGGAGUUCCAGGUAAGAGAAAUUGGUGAAUUCAAACACUACACAGAGCCUUUAUAUCAUGUGCUUCUGUUGAGGCUGGUUUCAUCACCUUGGGUUUCAUAUCGAACUGCUGAUGAUGAUAUUGAUCAAUCAGUUCUAUUUGAUUUAUUGGAUGACGAUGAUCCUUGGAUCAGAACCACAGAUUUCACUCCUACUGGGGCAAUUGGGCGUUGCAAUUAUUACAGAGUUUUAAUCCCACCACGGCAUGGUGCUAAGUUGAAGAAGGCCAUGAUUUAUCUUAAAGAAAGAAGGGUGCAAGAGUUGUUUAUCAAAAAGCCACCUAGGAUUCAGGAUGAACCUGGUUUUGGAAAUCCCAUGUCAGAUGCUCUCUUCUCUAUUCAUUACCAGAAAAAUAUUUCCUUUGAUAUAUUGUUCUUGGUCAACGCAGUAAUGCACAAGGGCAUUCUAAAUCAGCACCAGUUGUCAGAGAGCUUUUUUGAUUUGCUGAGAAACCAACCAGAGGAGAUCAAUGUGGCUGCAUUGAAGCACUUGUGUUCAUACAAACACCCAGUUUUUGAUGCCUCUAAAAGGCUGAAACUUGUCCAAGAAUGGUUGCUGAGAAACCCCAAGCUGAUCAAGAAUCCCAAACGCUUGGAUGAUAUUGCUGAAGUUAGGAGGUUGGUGAUUACCCCAACUAAAGCCUAUUGUCUUCCACCAGAGGUUGAACUGUCCAAUAGGGUUCUUAGAAAAUAUAAAGAAGUUGCUGAUAGGUUUUUAAGGGUUACCUUUAUGGAUGAAGGAAUGCAAACAAUGAAUUCCAAUGUUAUGAAUUCUUAUGUUGCUCCUAUUGUGAAGGAAAUUACAGAAAACACUUUCCCGCAGAAAACAAAAGUGUAUGUAAGGAUUCGGGCCAUUUUGAUGAAUGGAUUUCAUUUAUGCGGUCGUAAGUACUCAUUCUUGGCCUUCUCAUCCAAUCAACUGAGGGACCGUUCUGCCUGGUUUUUCGCUGAAGACAAGACGAUCAGUAUACAAGGAAUCAAAAAUUGGAUGGGAAGGUUUACAAACAGAAACGUUGCAAAGUGUGCUGCUAGGAUGGGUCAGUGCUUUUCGUCUACAUAUGCAACAGUCGAAGUUCCAUCAACCCAGGUCAAUCAUGAACUUCCAGAUAUUGAGAGAAAUGGAUACGUCUUUUCUGAUGGUAUUGGUAGGAUCACCCCAGACCUUGCAAUGGAAGUUGCAGAGAAACUGAAAUUGGACAGAGAUCCACCUUCUGCAUAUCAAAUUAGAUACGGAGGCUGUAAAGGGGUUGUUGCUUGUUGGCCAUCGACAGGUGAUGGCUUCCGGCUUUCUUUGAGGCGUAGUAUGAACAAAUUUGCAUCAGACCAUACUACAUUGGAAAUAUGUUCAUGGACUAGGUUGCAGCCAGGUUUCCUAAACAGGCAGAUUAUAACAUUGCUUUCAGCACUUAAUGUUCCAGAUGAAAUAUUCUGGACAAUGCAGGAGACAAUGGUUUCCAAAUUAAAGCAGAUGCUGGUGGACACGGAUGUGGCAUUUGACGUUCUCACUGCGUCCUGUGCUGAGCAAGGAAAUUCUGCAGCUAUUAUGUUGAGUGCAGGUUUCAAGCCCCAGACAGAACCACAUCUGAGAGGCAUGUUAACCUGUAUACAAGCCGCGCAGCUUUGGGGACUUAGGGAAAAGACCAGGAUUUUUGUUCCUUCUGGGAGAUGGCUUAUGGGCUGUUUAGAUGAGUUAGGGGUACUUGAGCAAGGCCAGUGCUUUGUCCAAGUGUCUACGCCAUCGCUGGAAAACUGUUUUGCAAAGCAUGGCUCUAGGUUUGAUCAGACAGAUAAAAAUCUUCAAGUAAUAAAAGGAUUCGUAGUGGUCGCAAAGAAUCCUUGCCUUCACCCAGGAGAUAUCAGAAUUCUUGAAGCAGUUGAUGCACCUGGUUUACACCACUUGCAUGAUUGCCUUGUUUUCCCUCAGAAAGGUCAUAGGCCGCACACAGAUGAAGCUUCUGGAAGUGACCUAGAUGGGGACCUGUACUUUGUCACAUGGGAUGAAAAUCUUAUUCCCCCACGUAAGAAGAGCUGGCAACCUAUGGAGUAUGAACCUGCAGAAGCGAAACUUUCAGGGCGUAGUGUCACUAGCCAAGAUUUGAUUGAGUUUUUUGUCAGAAACAUGGUGAAUGAGAACCUGGGAGCGAUAUGCAAUGCCCAUGUGGUUCAUUCUGACCGCAGUGAAUAUGGAGCUUUCGAUGAGAAUUGCCUCAAACUAGCAGAGUUAGCAGCUGUAGCAGUUGAUUUUCCUAAAACUGGGAAGAUUGUUACAAUGCCACCACACCUAAAGCCAAAGCUGUACCCAGAUUUCAUGGGAAAACAGGACUACCAGUCGUACAAGUCCAACAAAAUUCUAGGGAGACUCUAUCGCAAGAUUUGCGAUGCCUAUGAUGAAGAUGUGGCAAACUCUUCGGAGCAAAAUCAUGUUCCCAGUGACGUCAAAUAUGACAUGGAUCUGGAGGUUCCAAAAGCCGCAGAUUUCAUAGCUGAUGCUUGGGAGAGAAAAUGCUCCUAUGAUAGUCAGCUACGGGGUCUAAUGACACAGUAUAAAAUUAUGAGGGAAGAAGAGAUUGUCACAGGGCAUGUUUGGUCAAUGCCCAAGUAUACCAGCAGGAAGCAAGGAGAGCUGCAGGAGCGGUUGAAGCAUUCUUACAGUGCUCUGAAGAAAGAGUUCAGGCAGUUUUUUGAGAAGAUGGACACGGGUUUUGAGUCGCUGAUUGAUGAUCAGAAAAAUAGUUUUUAUGAGCAGAAGGCAUCAGCUUGGUACCAGGUGACUUACCACCCUGAUUGGGUGAAAAAAUCACUCGAUUUGCAUGGGCCGGAUGGUCCAGGAGAUGUGGUGAUGUUGAGCUUUGCCUGGAUUGCAGCUGACUACCUUGCUCGGAUCAAGAUCAAGCGCCGUGAAGUGAGUAAUAUCGACCCUAAGAAGCCGAUCAACAUUUUGACGAAGUACCUUGCUGAUAGGAUAUGACCAGCACCUGAAGUCCUUGGGAGUCGCCUCCAGGUUUUGUUAAACUUCAUGGUGGCAAGGCCAUUCUGCCAUUUUUAUGCGUCUGCUUUUAUGUUAGCUUUCUGCUUAUAUUUUCCUUGUGAAAUGGGACACAAGUCAUUGUUUUAUAGCUACAUUAUGGUCUUUGUACCUGACAAUAACUUACUCUUCUUUUUUUUGAAAAGGGGUAUACUUUACUCCUUAUUUUUAGCUAAUUAUGUAAUUAUUAAUUACAUAAUUAAUUGUAAAAAAAAUUUAAC